AUGCCCAGAGACAAAUCAUCAUGGCAACCGCUGCAAAAGCGUCAGAGAGCUACUAAGCAAAACAAAGGGCCAAUUCCUUUGCCAGUUGAAAAGGGUUACCAACAGAGCAAUGCCAUUCCAACCUCUGUUCAGCAGUCGCUGCUGAAUGUCUUCCGUGAUGCCUGUAACAAGGGUUCGCCGGCCGAGAUUGAAGACAUCUUACAAGAAGUAAAGGGUCACCUCUUCAACCGUGACUUCGCUACUGCUUUUGGUAAGGAUGAAUAUCUCGAGGCAUAUGCCGCACGAUGGAGUCCUAGCAGAGCACUGGGUUAUGCUCAGAUCUUUUCCGAUAUCUCUCCUGAGAUCGCUGAGCUCCUCAACCAGAAGUCGUCCGAGACUGGAGAGCCAGGAAAGGACACUUCACAGCUAUCACAACAACUCGAGAGCAAAUUGAACUUGGGAGAAAGUGCAGACGCGUCGAAACCUCUGAACAUUCUUUGUCUAGGUGGUGGAGCAGGCGCUGAGGUUGUUGGUCUUGCUGGCUGGCUCAGACACCUGCAAGACGAUGCACCUCCUUCUGACGACAAACCCCAGCCUAACAUCUCCAAACUCGACAUUUUCGGUGUCGAUGUUGCCAAUUGGGACAAAGUCAUGCAAGAUCUCCACCAAGGCGUCAUCAAUCCUCCAUUCCUUUCAAAGUAUGCCUCUGCAGCUGCAAAAGCCGCCAACAAGGCUGUCCUACCUUCAGAAACCUUCAAUGUCCGCUUCAAGCAGCAAGAUCUCUUGGACACUGAUGCUGCUGGAGUCAACGACAUGCUUGCCAACAGCGACAUCGUCACCAUAAUGUUUACACUGAACGAGCUGUACAGCACUUCGGUACCAAAAACUCAGAGGCUCUUAUAUGCAUUGACAGCUUCUAUGCGUCCUGGAUCUCUGUUGCUGGUUGUGGAUAGCCCUGGAAGCUAUUCUACCGUCACACUCAAUGGUGCCUCGCAGAAGUAUCCUAUGCAAUGGCUGCUCGACCACACAUUGUUGUCGCCAAAGAAAGAUGCCGAGAAGGGCACACCUGCGCAGUGGAAANAGCUGGUUUCUGACGAAUCAAGAUGGUUCAGACUGCCUGAUGAGGAUUUGAAAUACCCCAUCGACCUCGAGAACAUGCGCUACCAGAUCCAUCUCUACCAAAGACACGAAGGGAAGCCGCAACAAGAGCAACAACAGCAGGAGUAG